CCUCUCCCUCUUUCGCCUGACUCUCUUCUCCUCUCUCCUCACCUCUUCCCCUCUCCUCCCUCUCUCCUCACUCUCUUCUCUCUUCUCCCCUCUCCCGCAGGAGGAGACGUGCCCAUCACAUGACGCCCGCAUUUCCGACACAGCCCUCUCCUCCAGCCCGCACUCCCACCUCCAUCCUCGGUCUGUCUCUCGGUCCUUCUCCUCCCUCCCACGCCCGGCUCCGGCUCUGUCUCUCGGUAUGGCGGACGGAGAGAGGUCGCCGCUCCUGUCAGACCUCGGGGAUGGAGCUCUCGGUGGCGGAAGCGAAGGUGACGGCGGCCCAAACAAACCCCAAAGUUUCCCACCGUUCCCCAGCCCCACAGCGCCCUCUGUCCUCUUGGGGGAGGACCCUCCUCCGUACUCUCCCCUCACAUCUCCAGAGAGCGGCUCUGCUCCGGUCAUCAGCUGCAGAGUCUGUCAGAACCUCAUCUCUGUGGAAGGAAAGAUCCACCAGCACGUGGUCAAGUGCGGCGUCUGCAAUGAGGCGACGCCCAUUAAAAAUGCUCCAGCCGGAAAGAAGUACGUGCGCUGUCCCUGUAACUGUCUGCUCAUCUGCAAAGUGACCUCCCAAAGAAUUGCCUGUCCACGACCAUACUGUAAGAGGAUAAUAAACCUGGGCCCAGUGCACCCAGGUCCAGCCAGUCCAGAACCUCAGCCGGCCGGGGCCAGAGUCUCCUGUGGACACUGCAGCAACACCUUCCUGUGGACAGAGUUCACAGACCGGACACUGGCCCGAUGCCCACACUGCAGGAAAGUCUCUUCGAUUGGUCAGAGGUAUCCCAGGAGGCGGAGCUUGUGGUGUUUUCUUCUCUGUUUGCUUUUUAGCGUCUCCACGGCCGGCCUCAUGGCGGGCACGUGGGCUAAAGCGCAGAUGUACCCGGGCAUCUACGCAUCGUGGGCGGUGCUGCUGCUGCUCGUCCUGGUGACUCUGGCCAGAGCCUUUUACUGGGCCUGUAUGAGGGUCAGCCAGCCUCUGCAGAGCUUCACAUAGAAUCAAUUUACCAAUCCCAAACUCUCCUCAAACUCCCCCAAACCCCCAGAGCGAAUGGCUUUAACGAAAACAUUUAUUUAUUUAUGAAAAUGUGAAAAAAAUCAAGUUCAACUCCUCAACUUUUAGUCAAAUGUGAUUCUGAAACAAAGUGGGGUUGAGUGAAAUGACUCUGUAUAGCUCUGAAACCUAAGGCAGUGGUACCCAAACUGUGGCACUAUAGUCUACUGAAAUCAGUUCAUAUUAUAACCAAAUUUUACUUAAUUAUCAAAUUGUGUUUCUUUAAAUUGGCAUUAUAUAUUAUGAAAUCAAUUUAAAAAAAGAACCACAUAUUUAAAGGUGCUGUACCUGAUUUUUAGUUUGCAGUGGUCCAGAGUUAUUCCUCAAAAAGGGCACGGCGGAGUUUUACCAUCACCGUAAUGCUAACAGCAACUAGCAUGCUAACGUGCACUUCCUGAUUAUCAUACACUUUAUAGAUACAGACUUAUUUUGACUCUAAGAGCUGCUUACACAAUAUAUCUACACUGGGUUAGAACACAUUUUGCACCACAACACAAAAAAAAAAUCAGGUACAGUCACUUUAAUGAGCUAAAAUUUUCAUGAAAUUAUUCAAAUCAUCAGUGGUUUUAUGAAGUGGAAGAAAUUUUUUUAAAAUCUGACCCACUUACAAGAGCAAAAAUGUUAUCUGGAUUUGCUAAUAUAUUAUGAGCUGGAGUAAAAAAAAAAUUCUCAGAUAAUUUUGAGUAACACUUGAAAAAAACAAUGUAUAAAUCAUAAUUAAACCCUAAUCUCUAUAUUUGUUUCCAAUGUGUUACAAAGACUAUGACCCUUCAAAAUAAAAGACAAAAUAAAAGUCCCAUUAAAUCCAGGUUUGGGGAUCACUGGCCUUAUUUACACUACACUACUACAAUGAACAAAAUGAGCCUAAGGUUAACAUUUAUUUUAACAUCAGCUUCUGUCGAGAUGUUUGGCUGUUCUAUUUUUGGCUUAAAGUCUGUGGCACAUUUUUUGCGAUUUGUAAACUUAAAACGAGGGCUCAGAUAUAAAGUAAUUUUGAAGUGAAGUUGUAUGGUAUGGUAAGAAGUAUUUAGGAGUUGAAUCCACAACCUCCUGACUGAGCAUAGAGAGAACCAUACCAUACAUCUUUUUACAAAAUGGCUGUCACUAUUUCACUAUUCGCCCUUGCCUUUGAUUGGGAAAAAUACUUAUUUCUUCCCAAACCUUGCAUUUCAUUUCAUAUUUGUUAUAUUUCUAAAAACAUGUACAUUGUGUAAAGCAGCUAUGAAGCCAGUCCCGUAAACUAUGAAUACAAAUGUGACUACACUGUAAAAGUUUAAUCAAUGAGUUGAGCUGAAUGGAGAAUACAGAUCUGGAUUUGAGAAGUUUCUAAUUAUCAUAUUUAUCUGUUUGUAAUAAGACCUAGAAUGUUUUGCCUGGGAUUCAGAAUACACACUCCACUAGUUUAUGAAGAGGGACAGGCAUGGUCCGAAUAUAUCAGAGCAAAAAUGAACAGAAUAUACAAAAAAAAAGUCAUGAAUCAAUGAGCUAAAACUAAAAAACUGAACUGUUAAUCUGAGGUGAGAGAAAUGUAAUUUUAUUUAGAAUCAUGAGUGACCAAUGAGCUCCUUUGUUUCAUAUGCAUUUAGUGUCACUCAGUCAAAUGAAGUUCAUUGAUGCUUGUAGUUAGAGGGGUGAAUUUAGAGUUGAGUUUACAGACUGUAUAAAAGAAGUGGACUAAGCGAUUGUGACGUCACCCAUAGUGUUCAGCGCUACUCAAAUGAGGCUCACGAUGUUCACGGUUACAGGAGCGAAUUUGGAGCCAGACUCUGUUAUGAAUAAGAUUUUUUGGCGGACAAAAUAGCGAAAAAAAAAUCAGGAUCAUGUAGAGCGGGUUGAUAUGAACAUUUUAAGAACAAAAUGACGAGGCUCACAACAGCAGUUACAGAGAGAGGGGCAACAAGAUCCUAAUGUAAGUCAAUUGGAGCCACAGUCAGAAGGAGCCAGAAGAACCUCCUGGCGAACUUAUUCGGCUCGCGGCAGUUCACUCAUAUACCACAGGGCACACUCAUAAGCCUCCAACCCUAUCAAAAACGACUGCGCGCCUCGCAAUCCAGAGCGCCCUAUACACGAAUCCACUCAGGUGUCCCAGCACGACUUCAGUAAACUACAAAGCCACACCACCCACAGCGCACGCAAACACACACGGAGCAGACAGCGACCACACAGCGAAAAAAACCCGCAGCCACACUCAUCACUCCACGCCGACGAGGAAUGGAGCGGAGGAACAAACUGAAAAAGCGAGUGCAAUGUGCCACUUCUAGACACAACUGAACAACUGAGUCACUGUGAACACGCCCACAAUCCGUUGGUCCCAGACAGCACCUCCCUACACGCCACAACUGAACAAAGCCCAGAGUCACCGUGAACGCCACAAACAAAGUCCCACUGACCCAUCCAACUGUUGUGUUUCGUUUAAAGUCCGGUGCGGUUUAUUUGUGGAAAAAAGUUCGAAAAUAGACCAUUCAGUGACAGCGCCUUAUAAUCCAGACCUAGUGUGAAAAAUACGGUAUACGGUCUAUGGUUGAGUUCCACAUUUGAAAUUGUGACUGCAAGUAUCAUUGCAAGCAAAGAGCUAAUCAGGAGCGAAGUUGUUAGGGGUGUACUGGGUGUAGUGGGAGCAACAUCGGGGAAAGAAGGCACCAGAUUUGUUUGUUAUUAAUGUUCAUAUCUUGAUUUAACAACAACACGAGCGUAUUAAUACGAACAGUUUAAGACCAAAAUGAGGAGUCUAAUGGCAGCAGUUACACAGAGAGGCAACAGCUUGUGAACUGAAGCUAGAGUUGAUGGAGCCAGAAGCGCCCCCAUGCUCAGUUUCUUAACAAUCUAUGUACGUGUCACUGAAAUAAACAAAUAUAACACAAAGACAAAGACAAAACUGACUUCCCUCUGUAUUAUAAACAGAGAUAGUGAUGUAUUCUGAUUCAUGCCUCUAAAAUCAUAAGACUUACUCAAAUCUAAAUCAUAUUCUGAAUUCAGGUAACUCAUUGAUGUCUCCUUUUUUGCAGUGUAGAAGAUGGCGUGCCUGUUGCGUUCAGUGGGUCUGGUCUGAAUCAGUAAACGUGUGUGUAAUGGGAUGGGGCCUUUGCAGACAGGAGCCUCUGAUGCUGGGAGUCUCAUGGGAAUAACUUUUGACAUGUGGAAAAAUGAAAAAAGAGAGAUUUGAGCGAAAAAUAGAUAAAUACACAUCCACACGAAUCCAGCGUCAGAUACAAAAGAAAUGAACUGUCUGCUGUUUUUUUUGUUUCAAGGGCAAAUCUGAAAAAGGAGGAGAUAAAACGCUGUCGAAAGUGCGUAUCGUCUCAAAGUAAAGAUGUUCUUAAAGGUGCACUGUGUAACAUUUUUGGCUGGGUUGUCCAUUACUUGCUUGUUUCUAUGGAUGUGUAAUUUCUAAGCCUGGAAUGUUCCACAGUAUGACAUUAACCAGCUCUACUUUACAUUUACAUUUAAUUAAAGGUGGUUUUAUAGUUCAAAAAUACCUAGAAAAACAAACAUGACCUUGUAACUUGGUCUGGUUUGGUCUCCAUGAAAAUCGAAAGGUUUAAUGCCAUACUGUGAAACAUUCCAGACAAAGCACUAACAACUCCACAGAGAAAAGCAUCUGACGGACACUUCACCCGAAAAGUUACGCAAUACACCUUUAAAGGCACGGUCCACUGGUUUGUAAUUGCAUACUUUUCUGUAGAAGUUAAAGGACCACUAUGUAACUUUUUUACCUUCUUGUCUCCAUGGAGAUGCUACUGCGUGGUGGUCUCCACGGAGUUGCUACCACAUUGCCUGAAAUUUCCCACAAUAUGGCAUUAACCGUAUGCACCUAUGGGUUAUUUAUUUCAUGUAGAAGUUUAAUGGUGCACUGUGUAACCUUUAACAAGCUUGUCGCCAUGGAGAUGCGACUACUUUGCCUCUAAUAUGGCAUUAAUCUGGUCUAUCUGUAAUGGAAUAAGCAUAUUAUGUAGAAAGUUCUUGUCUCCAUGGAGAUUUGUUAAUUUGCCUGGAAUGCCCCACAGUAUGGCAUUACAUGUAAUAGGAUACUUAUUUGUAGAAGGCUGAUGGUGCACUAUGUAACUUUUCUAGUGGAGUUAUUGCUUGCGUGUAAUGUUCCACAGUAUGGCAUUAAACUGAUCUACCUUAAAUACCGUAUUUUCGGACCAUAGUCGCUCCAGUCAUUCCAGUAUAAAUCACAUCAGCCAAAAAAUGUGUAAUGAAGAAAAAAAAAACUACAUAAAUUCCACCGGACUAGAAGUUGCACUUUUUGGGGGAAAUGUAUUUUAUAAAAUCAGAGACCAGGAACCAACAUUUCAUUUUGCAAGUUCUAGUAAUAACAAUAGAACAGAGAACAAGAGACUGUCACAUAUGAACAGUUCUUGAGAUAACUAGAGCAUAAACGUAGCUGUUGUUAGACUCAGCAUCAGUUCCAGUUAGAAUUAUUCCAGCCUUUCUGAAUCCCGACAGGACGGUUUCGGUUGUCACUGAAGUCCAGGCUUUGUCCAUCCAUUCAGUGACUUCCAGGAAAGUUGCAUGGCGCAUUCUCCCGGUUGCCGUUAAGCUGUGUUCUCCAUCCCCGCUUUCCCCCAGUCCCUCACAAGUUUCGCGCUCACUCCAAACUUUCUUUCUGCUGCUCGAUUACCGGAGUCGCACCGGAGUAUAAGACGCAGGAAACACCCAAACCAUGAAAAAAUUGUGGCUUAUAGUCUGAAAAAAUAACAAAUAAAUAUUAAAGGGGCUCAUCUCUCCAUAGAUCUGGCUCAUAACUUGACCUGGUAGCGUCAUCUACAUGUUCUAGGCCAAAAAUUGUAAAAUCUCCAUGGAGACAAUUAGAUAAUGGACACUCCACGAGGAAAGUUUCAUAGUGCAACUUUAAAGGCCAGCGUUUGGUAAUGGGAUACUUAUUUUUUUGUAGAUUGUCAAAGGUUAAAUAAGUAAUUCUGCCACCUGCUUGUCUCCAUUGAGAUAUUAUUGCUUUGUCUGUAAUAUUCCACAGUAUAGCAUUAAACGUAUCUAUAUCAUAUUUAAUCAGGUGUUUCGAAUUGCUAAAAAUAAAUAAAUAAAAUAAAAAAAAAUACCAUACUGUGGGACAUUCUCGAACAAAGCAUAACAUCUCCACGGCAACAAACAGGCGGCAAAGACUUCACCAGAAAAGUUCCACAGUGUACCUUUAAAGCCCAAGUUUGUUGAAGCGGGCCAGACCAAUCACACUCAAUCACACAUUUGAACUGUGCAUUUCUUAUCCUCCAUAUUGGAUUUAUUUCUUCUGCUUUGUCUUUUUUGCCUGUAUAUAUUUUAAUGACAUUAUUUUUGUUGCACUGAUGUAAAUUUCCUGUUUUAUUUUCGCUGCUUUUGUGUCUUUCUGUUACUUGUGUCAUGAAAUGAGCAAAUACUAACCUGAAUCAUCCAACACUACAUUCAACACUACGAUGCCGCAAAAAACUCCGAGUCACAUGAUUUAAAAUGACUUGAAUUUAAAAGAUUCACCGUGUAACUUUUUUAGAGUUAUGAUAAUGCUUUGUUUUCUUGGAAUGGUCCUUAAUAUGGCUUUAAAGUCCUCUUAUCUCCAUGGAAACAACAAGCAAGUGACACCUAGAAAACUUAAGAUUUAAAAAUCCAAACUUUACUUUUGCGGAAAUGAGCUUUGCCUGGAAUGUUUCACACUAUGGCAUUAAGCUUUUCUAUCUACAUGGAGAUGGUUUAGUAGAAUGCUCAGGCUAUGUUACAGCUCAGAUCUGUGGAGAGGCGAUCCAGCUCACUGUAAGAAACAUGUCUUUGUAAUCGAACAAAUGCAAGAUUGUAUAAGAUCGGUUUAAUGCCAUGUUAAGGAAUAUUCCGGUCAAAGCAAUAACCGAUAACAUCUCCAUGGUAACAAGCGAGUUACACAGUGCAUCUUUAAUUAAUUUAAAGGUGCACUGUGUAACUUUUGUGGCAGAAAGUCUGUCACUUGCUUGUUUCUAUGCAGAUGUCGUUGCUCUGUCUGGAAUGUUCCACAGUAUGGCAUUAAACAGCUCUACCCUCUCCACAGAUCUGACCCGUAACUUGGUCUGGUUUGGUCUCCGUGAAAAUAGAAAGGUUUAAUGCCAUACUGUGAAACAUUCCAGACAAAGCAAUAACAUUUCCACGGAGAAAAGCACACCAGGAAAGUUACGCAAUGCGCCUUUAAGUCAAAUAAAGGUUAAUAUUCAGAAUUCAAGUCAGUUCGUGUUAUGUGUCUGGUGUUUUUUGCUGCGUUUUUGGACCUGUUAUCAUUGUACAGACCGAAGCCAGAACGAGCAUUUCGGGUUGGAACGAAUGGAUUUUCAAAUGGACCUGUUUAAUUAUUUUAUUAUUUAUUGUCGCACAAAAACAAACUGCUUCUCAAAACAGCCUCCUCACAUCCAAGGACUUUUUCUCACCGUUUUAAACUCGCUUCUUAUUACGUAAUUAUUAAGUCAAUUCUAAAAUGUGAAAAUUACAGAAAAAGUCCAUUUGCACGCCCCAGGUUCAAGGUUUGUGGUUUAUUUUUACAGAGACCCGAGGAGAAGGAGAAGAGUACGUUUGAAUUUUAUUUUCGUAUUUUUAAGAGGACCUUGAAGUAUCCUUGCUCUUUCUAUGAAAUGGGUCGAGUCUAAUGCCAGAUACGAAACAGACGUUUGUCCUGGUCUUUAAAGGUGCACUGCGUAACAUUACGCAACAUUGCCACCUGCUUGUCACCAUGGCGAUGUUAUGUAAUGUUCCAUGAUAAGACUUUCAAUGUAACCAUCUUGCAUUUAUCAUUAUGAGUGUUUCGCCUCUCCACAGAUCUGAACUGUAAUGUAGCAUGGUGCUGUAACCUUCUCGUUUUCCUUAUUUGGUUUGAUCGAUACUGUGGAACAUUCUAGACAAAGCAACGACAUUUCCAUGGAGACGAGCAGGUGGCGGACCCUCCACUAGAAAUGUUGCGCAGUGCACCUUUAACAAACAAAUUACACAUGUUUACGCAGAUGCAAUUGGUAGAAGUGUCUUGCCCAAGGACACAUAAAAAGCCCAAAACCCCAAAACAAUAUGUCAAACUUUCAGAGAGCGAAGCCGCGUUUUGUCAACAAGGUCGCCAAGCUAACAACAACUAGCAUGCUAACACACACUUCCUGACAAAAAAAAGAUCUGAAGAUGAACCAAAGAUGGCGUUGUGGUGUUUUCAGUGGCCUGAGCUCAUUAACGCGAAAAAAAAAACAAAAAUCUAAAAA